AUGGCCUGCCCCACAGAACUAUUUCCACGUCCAAAGCUGGAAGUCACACCCCCCCAGCCUACAGAGGGCGGCCCUGUAAACCUGAGCUGUCAGACACGGCUGCCCCUCGAGCGGUCGGAUGCUCUGCUGUCCUUCAUCUUCUUCAGGGACCGCAGGGUCUUGCUAUCCAACUGGAGCAGGUCCCCGGAACUCCAGAUCACAGCCAUCUGGAGAGAGGACUCGGGGUCGUAUUGGUGUGCAGCCACAGCUGGGGUCCCCAGCAUCCACAAACACAGCCUCCCGAUGCAGGUCCGUGUGCAGGGUGUCCCGGUGUCAGCAGUGCUCCUGGAGACCCAGCCCCAGGGGGGACAGGUGCUUGCGGGGGAGCGUCUGGUCCUUGUCUGCUCCGUGGCUGAAGGCACAGGGAACACCACAUUCUUCUGGCACAGAGAGGACACAGGGCAGAGUGUGGGGAGCAAGCGCCAGCGUUCCCAGAGAGCGGAGCUGGAGAUCCCUGCCGUCGGGGGGAGCCAUGCGGGGCGCUACUACUGCACAGCAGACAAUGGCCACGGCCUGGCCCGCAGCAGGACCCUGAUCGUCACCGUCGCAGUCCCAGCAUCCUGCCCCGUCCUCACCCUCAGGACUCCCGGGACCCGGGCCGUGGUGGGGGACGUGGUGGAGCUUCGCUGUGAGGCCCAGAGCGGCUCUCCCCCGAUCCUGUACCGGUUUUAUCACGAGAAAGUCACCCUGUGGAGCAGCUCGUCCCCCUCUGGAGGAGGAGUGUCCUUCAACCUCUCUCUGACCACAGAACAUUCUGGAAACUAUGCCUGUGAGGCUGAUAAUGGCCUGGGGGCCCAGCGCAGCGAAGCAUUGACACUCAGCAUCACAGUCCCAGCGUCCCGGCCCGUCCUCACCCUCAGGGCGCCCGGGGCCCAGGCCGUGGUGGGGGACGUGGUGGAGCUUCGCUGUGAGGCCCAGAGCGGCUCUCCCCCGAUCCUGUACCGGUUUUAUCACGAGAAUGUCACCCUGGGGAGCAGCUCGGCCCCCUCUGGAGGAGGAGUGUCCUUCAACCUCUCUCUGACCCCAGAACAUUCUGGAAACUACUCCUGUGAAGCCGACAACGGCCUGGGGCCCCAGCGCAGCGAGGCGGUGCCACUCUCCAUCUCAGGGCUGACAGGGAGCAGAAGUGGCCCUAUUGCCAGCGGCGUGGCUGGGGGCCUGCUCGGCAUGGUGGGCCUCGCGGUCUUAGCACAGCUGCUGUAUUGUUGGCUCCCCAGGAGAGCAGGAGGAAGGCCGACCUCUGACCCCUCCAGGAGCCCUUCAGACUCGGACCCCCAGGAGCCCACCUACUACAAUGUUCCAGGCUGGAUGGAGCUGCAACCGGUGUACAGCAAUGUCAACCCUAAAGGAGGAGACGUGGUGUACUCAGAAGUGCGGAUGAUUCAGGAGGGGAACAGACAUGCAGUGGCUUCAAACUCCGCGUUAAGGCUCCUCCGGACCUACCUGCCCUCCCACGGCCCGGCCACCAGCCAGCAGCGGCUUUCCGGACCCCAGGGCUCCUCUGUCAUCUACUCGCAGGUGAAGGCCUGGGAGAAGAGUAGCCAGGAACAAGCUGGGGGAGCUGCCUUCCGUCUCCUGGUGGCCACCCUGCUGGAGACUGGUGGCCUUGACAGGUGCCAGCAGCAGGAGAAGCAUCCUGCUCCCAGACACGGCAGCCCCAGGCUGCGCAGGGAAUGGGUCAACUUCCAGGACAGGUUCGAGAAGAGGGUCCAUGUGCACAACAUAACAACCCUAAAGAUAGACAACCUGACCCUUGAGGACAGUGGGCGGUACGUGGCUCGAGUCAGCUACAUGAGAGGAAGACAAUACGACCAGGAUUUCCACCUGAGCGUCUAUGAGCCCGUGCCCCUUCCCCAGAUCCGGGGCACCAUUCUGUCCCUCACACCAGCCUGGUGCAACGUCACUGUGGAGUGUGACACCAACGGAACCAGGGAGGACCUGACCGUGUCCUGGGAGAGCGAGGGCCUCUCUGGGGAGCUGGAGCAGAGACCCUCCCCAGGACCAGCCCCCAACUAUUGGAGCCUGGCUGUGAACCUGCCCCUGACCCAGCCCAGCACCAGCCUCACCUGUGUGGUCAGCAACCAGGUGGACCAGAAAACUGCCACCCGGGACCUUGGGGACGUCUGUGGCCACGCGGGGUCUGCAGAGCACCUGCUGCAGGACCCCGGCUCCCGGCCCGGUGUGAGGACCCCGGUCGGCACGGCCCGCUCAGGACAGCGAGGUGCAGCGGGAGCCGCCGAGAAGCGGGGCACGAACCGUCUGGCCGGAGCCGCGCAGGGGAUUCAAGGAGGUUCUGUGAGGUUUCAUGUGAUCAGAAAUCCAGAAUUACCUCCAGAGGUCGAGCUGGAGAAGAUUGCUUGGGGCAUUGUAUCCAGGGCCAACUACAUAGUCAUGCUGCAGGUGUUUCCUGGGAGAGAUGUUCCAGAAUGGGUCAACUUCCGGGACAAGUUUGAGAAGAGGGUCCAUGUGCUCAACAUAACGACCCUGAGGAUUGACAACCUGACCCUUGAGGACAGUGGGCGGUACCGGGCUCGAGAGUCCUACAGGAGAGGAAGGGAAUAUGACCUGGAUUUCCACCUGAGGGUCUAUGAGCCCAUGCCCCUUCCCCAGAUCCGGGGCACCGUUCUGUCCCUCACACCAGCCUGGUGCAACGUCACUGUGGAGUGUGACACCACAGGAACCAGGGAGAACCGGACUGUGUCCUGGGAGAGCGAGGGUCUCUCCAGGGAGCUGGAGCAGAGACCCUCCCCAGGACCAGCCCCCAACUAUUGGAGCCUGGCUGUGAACCUGCCCCUGACCCAGCCCAAUUCCAGCCUCACCUGUGUGGUCAGCAACCAGGUGGACCAGAAAACUGCCACCCGGGACCUUGGGGACGUCUGUGGCCACGAUCCAAUCCCCAUCUCAGCAGGCAAGACCCUGACCCUCAACCUCUUUCUCAUAGCAGAACUUGAGCUGGGCUCUGCUUGA